AUGUUCAGCUUGCCCAAGAUUUCUCUACCGUCCUUCCUGACCGGAGGAAGCGGAACCCACCAAACAAUCGAUAUACCCUCCGUCCAAGUCCACGAUAUCGAAACAGCAGCCGAAAAGCGUUCGCGAACCCUCAAGCACUUGAUCAAAGCGAACCACGCAAACUACUCAAUCAUAUACCAUGACCUACGCUUCCACAAUCACACACCGCAUAUCCUGGGGUCCGCGUAUAUCCUUGGAGGCACAGCGGAGCACCUGAACGACAUCUAUGAGAAGGAAGCUGAAGGGCUAGAGCCGUGGCAUGAUGCGCCGGCAGAGAUCACGAGUGAUGACUGGAGGGAUUUCCUUGGGAAGAGAGAGUACCAGCGCGCUUUCGUGGACUUCUUCGAGGAUCAGCUUGUAUUUAGGAGGUACGAUGUGCAGCAGGUGCUAGAGGAGUAUCUGCUGGGCGGGAAGAAGCCACUGAUCAAUGGCAUGAUCUCUGGGCUCGCACAUCCUCUCAUCCACCUCGGUUACGCCUACGAACUCGGGUCGACGACCGUUGCGAUCGAAGCUCUGGCUCUGGGCGCAUGCUUUUACAGUCCCCUCCACAACUACAUCGACGAUACCUCGUAUACGAAACCAAGCCCUCGCCGAAGUACCAAUCUCGGUGAGAUCCUAAACAAAGUGCGAGAGGAUAAGCGUUUCGACGAACUAUACCCUCAUCGGAGUGGCGAUAUCUCGAAGGUACUGGAAGAGCAAGAGGAGGCGUUCCUAGAAUACUGGAAUGCGUGGGAGCUAUCAGAUCCACAAACAGCGUUCCGGCAGUCGCAGGAACUUGCGGUCACGAUACUGAUGGGCACCGAGGCGCCGGAGAACACCAAGUUCGACUUCUUCUUCGUGCACAUCCUCACCUCAUCGCAUGCAGUCCGUGUACUACUCCCACUGGUCCCGGCCAAAUUCCAUAUCAGCCUGGUGCGACAGUGGUGGCUCUUCACAUUAGCCGUAUACAUUGCGCAGACACGGCCCCAGAUUGAUCCUACCAUUAUCGAAAGAUAUGAGCUGAAUGGCCGAGACUGGAAGUUUGUCGUACACAAGGCGCUCGACUCGUCUGAAUCCACAGACGCACACUACGUCAAAGCACUGCGAUGUAUGAAGGCAAUCUCAGAAACAUGGGGCGAUGACACGCAGUACUUCAAGAAGGCGGCAGUAAAGUUUGCAGACGAGUUUGAGCACUGGGGAGGUUUCAGUACCGAGGAGGAUGCUGCUAAUUUGGCAUACCCUGAGAAGCAAUGA